GGCCCAGAGAGGUGCUACUGGUUCCAGGAGUUGACCAGUCUGGAGACUCCUAGACCUUGGGUGGCCAAGAGAACAGAGACCCUGUCCUGUUUUGUUCUCCUAGCUUCUUGGUCCACCUCUGGCCUUUUGUCCUGCUCCAUCCAUCAUAGCUCUGAGCUGAGGUUUCCUGAGCACCUCCAACCUGCAUGCCAGGCCUUGGCAGAGCAACCCAUCCACUACAAGGAAGAAGGCUUAGACAGACCCAGGCCUGCGCGAUGCAAGACGGGAGAAAAGGAGGGGCGUAGGCGGGCAAGAUGGAGGCGACUACGGCUGGUGUGGGCCGGCUAGAGGAAGAGGCGUUGCGGCGAAAGGAACGGCUGAAGGCCCUACGGGAGAAAACCGGGCGCAAGGACAAGGAAGAUGGGGAGCCAAAGACCAAGCAUCUCAGAGAAGAGGAGGAAGAAGGCGAGAAGCACAGGGAACUUAGGCUGCGGAACUAUGUCCCGGAGGAUGAGGACCUGAAGAAGAGGAGGGUGCCCCAGGCCAAACCAGUUGCAGUGGAGGAGAAGGUGAAGGAGCAGCUGGAGGCCGCCAAGCCCGAGCCCAUCAUCGAGGAGGUGGACCUGGCCAACCUCGCUCCUCGGAAGCCUGACUGGGACCUCAAGAGAGAUGUGGCCAAGAAGCUGGAGAAACUAAAAAAGCGGACUCAGAGGGCCAUUGCUGAGCUGAUCCGUGAAAGGCUGAAAGGCCAGGAAGACAGCCUAGCCUCUGCAGUGGAUGCUGCCACUGAACAAAAGGCCUGUGACUCUGACUGAGGCGUGCCCUGCUCCACCACUCGCCCAUCAAGCCUGUCCUGCAGGGGUCUUGCUCUACCCACGUUGGAGUGCAGUGGGGAGAUCUCAGCUCUCUGCAGCCUCAACCUCCCGGACUCAAGCGAUCCUCCCACCUCAGCCUCCUGAGUAGCUGGGACUACAGGUGCGUGCCAUCACACCCGGCUAAUUUUUGUAUUUUCGGUAGAGAUGGGGUUUCGCCUUGUUCCCCAGGCUGACCAACUGAUUUUUGACAAAGGUGCAAAACAAAUUGAUUGGAGGAAGGUCAGUCUUCAACAAAUGGUGCUGGAGCAAAGGGUAAUUCAUAGGCAAAAAAGCAAACAAAAAAACCCAAGCCCGAACCUCAGAUCUUAUACAAAAUUAACUCAAACUGUACUGUGGACUUAAAUGUAAAAUGUAAAACUAUGAAAUUUUAGAAGUAAACGAGAAAACCUUCAGGACCUAUAGCUCAGUCAAGAGUUCUUGGACCUGAGAUCAAAAGCACAAUCCAUAAAGAAAAAAAUUGAUAAAUUUGACUUAAAAGUUUUUGCUCUGACAAAGACCCUGUUAAGAGAAUGAAGAGCUACAAACAAAAUAUUUGCAAAUCAAAUAAAGGACUCAUAUCAAGAAUAUAUGAAGAACUCCCAAACUCAACGGUAAGAAAAAACAAAACAAAACAAAAAAAACCAAUUAGUAAGUGGGCAAAAGAUAUAAAGAAAUACUUCACUGAAGAGGAUAUACAGAUGGUAAAGAUGUUCAACAUUACGAGCCAUUAAGGAAGUACCAGUAAAGAUCACAAUAUUUUUUUUUUUUGAGACGGAGUCUUGCUGUGUCACCCAAGCUGGAGUGCGAUGGCGCGAUCUCGGCUCACUGCAAGCUCCGCCUCCUGGUUCACGCCAUUCUCCUGCCUCAGCCUCCUGAGUAGCUGGGACUACAGGCGCCCGCCACCACACCCGGCUAAUUUUUUGUAUUUUUAAUAGAGAUGGGGUUUCACCGUGUUAGCCAGGAUGGCCUCGAUCUCCUGACCUCGUGAUCCUCCCGCCUUGGUCUCCCAAAGUGCUGGGAUUACAGGCAUGAGCCACCACGCCCGGCUCACAAUAUCUUUACACACGUAUUUGAACAAAUAAAAAUAGUGAUAAACGCUGACAAGAAAGUGGAAAAAUUGAAUCUCAUACGUUGUAGGUGGGAAUGUGUAAUGGAACACCCACUCUGGAAAAUAGUUUGGCCAUUUAUUUAUUUAUUAUUAUUAUUAUACUUUAAGUUUUAGGGUACAUGUGCACAAUAUGCAGGUUUGUUACAUAUGUAUCCAUGUGCCAUGUUGGUGUGCUGCACCCAUUAACUCGUCAUUUAGCAUUAGGUAUAUCUCUUAAUGCUAUCCCUCCCCCCUCCCCCCACCCCACAACAGUCCCUGGAGUGUGAUGUUACCCUCCUGUGUCCAUGUGUUCUCAUUGUUCAGUUCCCACCUAUGAGUGAGAACAUGCGGUGUUUGGUUUUUUGUCCUUGUGACAGUUUGCUGAGAAUGAUGAUUUCCAGUUUCAUCCAUGUCCCUACAAAGGACAUGAACUCAUCAUUUUUUAUGGCUGCAUAGUAUUCCAUGGUGUAUAUGUGCCACGUUUUCUUAAUCCAGUCUAUCGUUUUUGGACUUUUGGGUUGGUUCCAAGUCUUUGCUAUUGUGAAUAGUGCCGCAGUAAACAUACGUGUGCAUGUGUCUUUAUAGCAGCAUGAUUUAUAAUCCUUUGGGUAUAUACCCAGUAACAGGAUGGCUGGGUCAAAUGGUAUUUCUAGUUCUAGAUCCCUGAGGAAUCGCCACACUGACUUCCACAAUGGUUGAACUAGUUUACAGUCCCACCAACAGUGUAAAAGUGUUCCUGUUUCUCCACAUCCUCUCCAGCACCUGUUGUUUCCUGACUUUUUAAUCAUGGCCAUUCUAACUGGUGUGAGAUGGUAUCUCAUUGUGGUUUUGAUUUGCAUUUCUCUGAUGGCCAGUGAUGAUGAGCAUUUUUUCAUGUUUUUUGGCUGCAUAAAUGUCUUCUUUUGAGAAGUGUCUGUUCAUAUCCUUCGCCCACUUUUUGAUGGGGUUGUUUGUUUUUUUCUUGUAAAUUUGUUUGAGUUCAUUGUAGAUUCUGGAUAUUAGCCCUUUGUCAGAUGAGUAGGUUGCGAAAAUUUUCUCCCAUUGUGUAGGUUGCCUGUUCACUCUGAUGGUAGUUUCUUUUGCUGUGCAGAAGCUCUUUAGUUUAAUUAGAUCCCAUUUGUCAAUUUUGGCUUUUGUUGCCAUUGAUUUCAGUGUUUUAGACAUGAAGUCCUUGCCCAUGCCUAUGUCCUGAAUGGUAUUGUCUAGGUUUUCUUCUAGGGUUUUUAUGUUUUAGGUCUAACAUGUAAGUCUUUAAUCCAUCUUGAAUUAAUUUUUGUAUAAGGUAUAAGGAAGGGAUCCAGUUUCAGCUUUCUCCAUAUGGCUAGCCAGUUUUCCCAACACUGUUUAUUAAAUAGGGAAUCCUUUCCCCAUUGCUUGUUUUUGUCAGGUUUCUCAAAGAUCAGAUGGUUGUAGAUAUGCGGCAUUAUUUCUGAGGGCUCUGUUCUGUUCCAUUGAUCUAUAUCUCUGUUUUGGUACCAGGCCAUUUCUUUAAAAACUUUACAUACACUUAUCAUAUAGCCCAGUAGUCAUGCUCCUGGGCAUUUAUCCCACAGAAAUAAAAACGAAUGUUUAGCCAAAAAUGCAUAUACAGAUGUUCAUAGCAGCUUUAUUUGUAGGUUGCCAAAAGCUAGGGUAAAGGUCUUGUCAAUAGGGGACAGGUUAAGCUCAGGUUCAUCUGUACCAUGGAAUGCAACUCAGCAAUAAAACAGGACCAAGGACUGACACCUGCCACAGCUUGGAUGGAUCUCAAGGGCAUUAUGGUGAGUGAAAACAGUAGGUUAUCAAAUGGUCACAUACUGUAUGGUUCCACUUCUGUAACAUUCUGACAGUGACAGAAUUAUAGAGAUGCGGAACAGAUUAGUGGUUGCCAGGGGUUAGCGCUGGUGGGGACAGGUGACUCUAAAGGGGGUGGCUCCAAGGAGAUCUCUGGAAUGGUUGUGAUGGGAUAGCUCUGUGUAUCUUGAUUGUGGUGGCAGUUACCUGUAUCUAUGCAUCUGAUGAAAUGGAAUAGAACUAUACACACUGCACCAAUGUCAGAUUCCUGGUUUCGAUAUUGUACUACAGCUAUGGAAGAUGCAACCAGGUGGAAGCUGGGUGAAUGUUACACAGGACCUCUCUGUACUUUUAAACUUCCUAUCAACCGGGUGCGGUGGCUCACGCGUGUAAUCCCAGCACUUUGGGAGGCUGAGGUGGGCAGAUCACCUGAGGUCGGAAGUUCAAGACCAGCCCGGCCCAUGUGGUGAAAUCCCAGCUACUUGGGAGGCUGAGGCCCGAGAAUCACUUUAAUCCUGAUGGCAGAGGUUGCAGUGAGCCGAGAUUGUGUCCCUGCACUCCAGCCUGGGCAACAGGGUAAGACUCUGUAUCAAAAAAACAAAAACAAAACUGCCUAUGAAUCUGUAUUUCAAAAUAAAAAGGUUUAAAAAAUA